GGUGAGCAUGCUCAGACUAAUUUCAAUCCCUUUUGUGAAUGGCUGAUUAUCACAAUCCGUAGAUUAAGUCUGGGGCAGCUUUAAGUCUGUCAGAGUGAGAAAAAGACCAAAAGACGAGGGGAAGGCAUCAGCAUGGCCCAGAAAAACAAUUUUCAGUUCUCCAUCAGGGAAUAUAGACCUUCAGAUCAACAUGUGGUCAUGUCACUAUUUCAGGAGGGGAUUUUUGAGCAUGUUUACCCAGCCUUUUUCAAGGCCAUGAGCCAUCCAGACCAUAUUGGUGUUGCUCUGAGCAUUUCGAUGGCUGGUUAUGUGCUGGGAGGCAGCUCCUACUUCCAAGCCCUACUGUUUGGCAGUGCAUGGGCUGGCCUCAUUUAUUAUUGCUGCCAUGAUAUCUAUGAGGGCUACAUGAUGAGGAGGCAAAGCACAGAUAUGGCCAACAUUCAGGCCAGCUACCUGGAAAACCCAGAUAACGGCUUCUGGGUAGCGGAGGCAGACAUCAAUGGCCAAUCCAAGGUGGUAGGGAUGGUGGCAGUGAUUGGAAAAAGGGGAGAGGAAGAAGGCGAAAGGUUUGAAGACUGGAAUGGCGGAGUGACGGGAGGAGGUUCUGAGCUGGCUCAAGAUGCCGGGGAUGGAAGUUACGGGGAGAUGUGUCACAUGGUCGUGGCAUUUCCGUGGCGCCGCAAAAACUUGGGCUCGCAGUUGACACGGAAGGCUUUGGAUUUCUGCAAAGAGCGAGGCUUCGGCCGUCUCGUCCUGGAUGUGAGCUCACCACAGACAGCAGCCAUUUCCCUGUUCGAGAAAGCCGGCUUUGUUCAAACCUCAUCCCAUCGCAACACGCAUGCCAACCGCUGGUUCUCCAACCUCGCCAGAAUAAAUGUGAUGCGAAUGGAGAAGUUAAUUUAAAGAUAAAAUUUACUCUAGCAAGCAGUUAUUAGAACCUAAAAUGUACAGCAUAUCAUGAAUAUGUCACUUAAUUUAAUCUUAUGCCAUCAUUGGAAAAACCUCUCUGUGUGAUAUUGGUCACUUGUUUC